GUAUUUAAUUUACAGUAAGGAUGUAAGACAUAAUGGUUUCCACUAUAAGAAGGCAAUGUGUACAGUACCAACCGCGUCACAACCGAGGAGGUGUCUGACAACCUUAACACGAUCUGAAUGUUAAAGCAAUGAGUCUGGGUUUCUUUAAAGCGAAUGACAGAGCUAGCGGAGCGUACUACUGGCAAAUCAUUCAGAAGUGAAGUCUCUGGCAACAAAGACAGUGAGCACACUGCACCGCAACAAGAGAUAGUCCAACACACUAGGAUUUUAAAAAGCUGUGAAUCAAAGGGAGAGGUGACAUGUUUAGAAGCGCUUUGUCGCUGCUGCUGUUUCCUAUAACAGCGGAGCUUCUUGGACUUUCUUACGAAGGUUCUGGGAGCAGCUACAAUGAAGUCCAGUCUGAGGUGUCCUACAGCACUCCCCAGCUAGAUUACAAAACUCCCCGCUGGUGCUACACUCUGUCGCUCUUGAAUGGGGAGGCUAUCUGCUUCUCUCCUCGAGGUGGUAAUUACAGGAGCACCAUGGGGACGCGCUGUGAACUGUCAUGUGACCGCGGGUACCGCCUCAUUGGUCAAAGGUUCGUCCAGUGCCUGCCCAACCGCCGCUGGUCUGGAACCGGCUACUGUCGACAAAUCAGGUGCCACGUGCUGCCUGCCGUGACCUAUGGCUCCUACUCCUGCAGCAUGAGCGUGACGGUGGACUCGCGCUGCGAUUACUCGUGUGCCCCCGGGUACCAGCUGGAGGGAGACCGCAGCAGGAUCUGCCUGGAGGAGGCGCACUGGAGCGGCACUGAGCCCAGCUGUGUAGAUAACGAGCCUCCGAAGAUCAAGUGCCCUCAGUCCCGGGUGAAGGUGGCAGAGCCAGACAGACUGGCAGCCAGAGUGUACUGGGACCCCCCCAUCAUCAAGGACAGCGCAGACCCCACGCUGACGGAUGUGACUCUGAAGGGGCCGGGGCCAGGCUCCAUCUUCCCAGAGGGGGAGCACGUUAUCCGCUACCUGGUGUACGAUCAGGCGAGGAACAAAGCAGCCUGCAAGUUCAUUGUGCGAGUGGAAGUGCGAAGAUGCCCUGCUCUGAAGCCUCCACUCCACGGAUACAUCACUUGCUCCUCGGGGGGCAAUAACUACGGCGCUGUCUGUGAGUACUCGUGCGAUGGGGGCUACGAGCGAAGGGGGGUCCCGUCCAGGGUGUGCCAGUUCAACCGGAACUGGGCUGGAGCCGCUCCUGUGUGUGUCAUGAUUCAGAUCAACACUGACGUGAGGAGUGCUGCAGCACUCCUGGAUCAGUUUUAUGAGAAGAGAAGGAUACUCAUCGUCUCCACACCUGACAUUUCCAAUCAGUACUAUAAACUCCAGAACAUCAUGGUACAGAGAGCGGGCUGCGGGCUGGACCUGCGGCAGGUGACGGUGAUCGAGCUGCUGGGUCUCCCGCCCCGAGAGGUGGGCCGGAUCAAGGAGAAUCGCCUCUCCUCCGAGGUCAUCGAGGAGCUCAGGCAGGCGAUGAGGAUCUCUCAAGCCUACUUCACCAUGGUCCUGGUGGACAAGCAGGGCAUGGACCGCGAACGCUACAUCGACCCCGUCACCUCGGACGAGCUCUUCUCCUACAUCGACACCUACAUGCUGAGCACCGAGGAGAGGGAGCGCAUGGAGAACAACCGGGACCACUGCGACUGACGGGACGAGACCGAGAUCACAGGAGCACAGAGCUCUCUGGGGAGCUCCACCAGACUAGAAGAGCGUUUCAGUGCAGGACUCGCGUUACACUUAACGGGUGACGAACUUCAGAACUGGAAACACCCUCUCUUACCUUUUUACGUCUCCACAAGCGACAGACUGUUACCCGCACUAGUAGUUUUUCCUACAUGUUACUAAAGUGUAACCACAGACUUAAAAACAGCGGAACAUCUACGAUUAAUACAGGUACAAAACCUCAUAAGCCCCAGACUCUCGGACACACCAUAUUUUUUUUAAAAACCUAAUUGGGUUUAAAAAAAAGUAGUACUUGGAUUUGUACGUGAUUGCAUUCGGGAGCCUGUACAUUUUGUUUUUAUAAUAAUGAUAAAACUACAUGCCAGGAUAAUCUCUGGGUGACCUGUUGUACACUAGUCUUUUAAACUCCUUUAUUUAAAAUAAACAUCUAAGCCUCGAUAUAUUCUUGUGGCUGGCAAACACUGCAUAGCACAUGACAAUAAACACAAUUACAAAAUGUAAUUAUGUAGCAGGACAGCCAUGCUGCCGGUGUAACAAAAGAAAAGGGCUGUGUGAAGCUCUUAUGUUCAUUGGUGGAGUUUGCUUUACACUCUGAAUUACCAUCAGAAUGAACAAAGACUGUGUAAACCCUUCGUUUAUGGAUACUUUCAAUAACCAAUAUAACAGUAUGUGUUUAUCCUGGAUGAUAUAAAGACUAUUUAAAUACGUUUUAGAAGAACAGGCAUUUUUAGAAAUGUUCUAAUUACUGAACACUAAGCUUUGCACUAGUAAAGUGUCAAUAAAAAAGCUAUUGUAAUGAACUGUUAUUCAUA